AACAUUCGAAUGAUUGCAGGUAUACGCAUGGGUUUUAUUAAUGGGAACAAACGGGUCUGUCGGCUACUGCAGUAGACCUAGACUUCCCUUUGAAGACUUCUCCCAAAAUAUUGACUUUUUAUUGAUUACCUUUUUCUAAAAAAAAUUCUAAAGACGCAUACGUGUACUUUGACCAAGAUACUGCCAUCUGUGCAUUAACUUAAGCCUAUGCAUUGAUGCGUGAGUCGAGUGAUACACAGAGGGUCGGUACGUACCGGUUUGUCAUUGCGGGAAAGACUCUUCAAGCUAUCGUGAUGUGGGAAGUGGUUAUGAAGGAUGACUUUCUCACAUUGAACAUCGUCUAAAAAGGAUUAACAUUUUGUUUUCAUUGGUAUUCGUCAUAACGAUGUCAUCUUCAUCUUUGAUGCACGAAACCAACACUGUUUGCGCCAGAAACACUAGAUGAUACUGGCAGUUUAAUCUUUGUGUGGUAACCAUCCAACGAGAGAAAGACGGAUGCCCUUCUAUUUCCGCCCCUAAGGAUCGCUCUCAUAUCAUCAUCUUUGACACGUGCAUCAGAUAUAUGUUGGAAAUAUUGGGAACGAAUGGGUGAUAUCGCAAUGACUACACUGAUAGCUGAGAUACUAUCGACAAUCAUAUAGUUUCGAUCAUAACUCAUAUAUGUCGAUGAUGUUAUAAGAAGGUUUAUAUUUCGUGCAAUUACCAAAAUUUUAAGCUCGUGAUCGACGACAUCGACGAUGAGUAGCAGGCGGUCCAUCGCGUCCUUCCUCGUACCGGGGAGGCUUCUCACUGUCAGGAUGUUCGUCGUCGUGGUCGUCAUCCAGAUGGCUGUCGCGCUCCUCGUCGUCCUGUCAUCCCGAUACUUUGAAUCUUCAGGAAGAGGAGGUAUCGUGCUAAAAAGGAGUCAGAUACGUAAACAGCGCCCCCAGGGACAAAAACCAGCGCAGCCGGAAUGGAGACCCGUGUUUAAGAGACCAACGCACAACGAAGACGUUAUGAAGAAGUUCAGAAAGCUUGGCUUUAAUGUGUCAUUUGUACACCGUGAACCUAUCAUACCCGUGCCGAGUAAAAUGGCCGAACUCAAAGAAGCCCUCUCGGAGAAUGUACUUCCGGGGCUUUUCCAGGUUUUCCGGACAGACAGCCAACAGUUCACAUAUGAGAAGCCGCCACCGUUCAUCAUACUCACAGCUACAGAUAAAAACUUUAUAGAUUUAACGGACAACUGGCGAGCAAGCAUCGAUCGACUUAAGUUACCAUACGAUGUCCUUCUAAUGGCAGAAGAUGAAGAAACGCACAAAUAUUUCUUCGAGAAAACUACUCAGCGGUUUCGAACCGUCCUAUCCAGCCAGUUCGCACUGCCCGGAAAACUUUCAAAGAACAUCUCCACAUACCAGCACCUCAUUCGGCGAAGAACCGUCUACAUCCUUUCCAUCCUUCAGUCAGGAUAUGACGUUCUUCUCGUUGACAUCGACGCAGUCUGGUUCAAGGAUCCCGUGAAGCUGGUCCUUGAUGAAUACGAUAACUACGACAUCUGGCUUGCUCAGGGGAAAAUGGCACGUUUCCCUUGCCCGUGUUUCUUCUACAUGAAAUCAACGUCUGUUGUGAUUAAAAUGGUUUAUGACUGGAUCGAAAGACUGGCCUACUAUACGGGCAAAGUGGAAACGGACCAGGUCGCUUUGUCCUUUAUUCUCAAGGAAAAUAAACGACAUUUGGGGAUUCAAUAUUUUGAUUACUACAAAUUCCCGAUUGGGAAACAGUUUUUCAAUUGGACGUGGCAUGACCAACAUGCGGACCAAGUAUAUAUAGCUCAUGGAAACCAUUUAGGACGAUCAGAUGGAAAGGUAUCUACGUUUAAGGAAUUCAACGUCUGGCUCCUUGAUGAAUAAUGUUUCAGAUUGCUUAUGUGUGACGUCAUUACUGGUGGCAGCGGUGGGAUAAAACCUGUAUCAACCUGCAAACUAAAACCAGUUUCUUUUUCAAUACUUUCUUACCAACAUGUUGACUUUGUGGAUUUAUUAGCUCCUUGAUAGCUAAUGUCAGCUUCUCUCAACUCGAUGAAAAUGAACAAAUAACAGGAAUGGUUUUCUUUUUGUUAUGGAAGCUGAGAACUUUGAAAAACCCUUUUGUGCAUGCUUAAAUGCUACUACAGCAGCUGAAAAUAUACUCUCAUGGGCACAUACUGUAUUGAUUUGGGAUUUCAGAGAGCGUCAUUAAAUCCUGUUUCCAAAAUGGAUGCCAUUUUGGCUAAAUGUCAUGAGGAACUUGAGACGGAAAACGUUUUAUUUGUUAGAAUAUGUUAUAGUGACCCAAAUUUGACUCAUUUGAAACCACCCCCUAGAGUUCGGGACUUGCUACCCAUUACUAAAGCUUUCCGUUAGUGACAUUACUUUGUUGAAAUUCAAAAUAAAAUUUAUUCAAAUUCCUUUAAGCGCAUAGAGAGAAACUCAAACUUUUAGAACUUCAUUAAUAAAAUAUAACUCUUAUUAGGAAAAAUAGUUGUGUACAUAAAAUUUAUAAUGUCAGUUGUUCUAGCACCCAAUAUGAUCUACUUAACUUGUAAUGUCCCAUUGGGGGCGACGCUAUCGGGGCGAGGAGGGGUUGCAGGGGAGCGAUAAAAUGGAAGUGAAGAAAAAAAAGGAGGAGAAUAAAGAUGAUAUUAAAAAGAGGAAUAGGUCGUGUAAAUUCAUUAAUAUCAAUUUAUAUGUAAUUCAACUCUGAUAAAUAACAUGAAUAAAUUGGUCGUCUUGCUCCUUUCAAAAUACCUUGUCGCCUUCCCAGUCUUCAAUGGGCCACGUCUUACAAAGAGUUACGAAUGAUUCGAUCAAUCUUAAGUAUAUGGAAAUCCAAGUGUCAUAACUUUUUUCUUUUGGAAAUUUCCUCAAUGUCCUUUGAAAACUAAAAGAAGCACACUGAAUUGUCAAGGAAACAGUAAAUAUGUGAAUAUAAGUCAUUUCUAGAAAAUAUUUUGAACAAAAAUGUAUUUUAGAUGUUGACGUUGCUGGCUUUCCAUAGUUGCGAUUGAUCAGAUCAAUUGCAAGUCUUUGUAAGACGGGACCCAGAAGUUUGCUCAUCAAACUUUGGUCAAAAUCGGUCUCAAGCUCACCAUUCAUAUCCUCAGAGGACAUUAUACCUGUGUGUCCCAUUAUUUACGUAGUUUCUAUUCAAUGUGCUAAUUCUUCUUUUUUAUCAAGUGGUUUGAAUUUAUAUAAAUCCAUGCAUUUUAUUUGUUCAUGGCGUUGACUCUUG